AUGGUGGCUGGCUACUGCUGUACUGUUGUCUCUAUGGCGCCCCCUUCCCCUUGCUCGCUUUUCCCUCCUCCCCCUGUAUCUUGGCUUCAACCACCACUCGCACAGCCACCGCCACUUGAACAGAAUACCCUUGUUCCUCCAAUGUUAUCUUGUGCUCAGGCUGUCCGAGUGCCUCGAUGGAUCGCGUCGCAUUCAACCGCACCUGCUACAGUGCCAGUCAUUCCCGCCGCAAUAGCUGCUGCGACUCCGUUCCCCUUCCUUCCCGCUGCGCUCAAGCCGCUCCCGUUCUCCGCGCUACCCACCGCCGCCACCGCCGCGACAGCCGCGACCACGCUGGCUCCCCUCACGACCUCCCUUCCGCUUUCCCCCCCGUCUUCCGCCCACCUUCCACCUCCGCCAUUCUCAAAUCUCCCCUCAUCCGGGUCCGCGCAUACGUUUCUCCGCCCACGCGCAUCUUACGCCGUCGAGCGCGCCGUUCCCGAUGCGGACAACCCAUUUUCAACCUUCCCCUUCUCCACGCAACAGCCAGGAAGCUUCAUCUGCCACCCGUCCCCGUUCUUCCCGGGAUAUCCCCCGCCGCUUCCGCCGACCCUUCUUGCCGCCGCAUCCGCGGAUUCCGCCUCCACCACCGCCGCCGCCGCCGCUGCCGCCGCCUUACCGUCAUUUUCCGAUGCGUCCCCUAUGCUUGUGAGGCCGCGACCUCGCAACGCGACGGUCGCGCUGCCGCUAGUCAUUCCCGGCCAAUCAGAUGCUCGCAGGAUGUUCGAUGAGUCCGAUGAUGAUGCCGCAGCUCACGGCGCGAAUCCCGCCGCAUUCGACGGCGCGGAUCCCGCGGAGGUUGCCGCUGCUGCCGCCGGCGCCGAGCUGGGCGCGCGCGAGCUCGCCGCGAUUCGCGCGGUGAUUUUGCGACACGAAGCCGCGUUCCGAGAGCAAGUCGCGGAGCUGCACGCGAUUUGCGGCGUGCAACGCGGGCUGAUGGCGGCGACGGUGACUCAUCCCUCCGACGACGCACCGCGUACCGCGGCGACAGACGCGGCGGGGCAAGAGGCAGCGAGGAGCGAGAAGGAAGCAGGGAACGACGAUAUGGGGGGAGAAUCGAGAGGCGCGGAUGUGGGGGGAGAUGGCGGAGUGCGGGCAAAUAUGGCUGAACAGGAUAACCAGCGGCAAGGAACGGCCAACCGCGCGGGAAUGCUUCUCUUCGAUUUGGAGCAGCUUCCUGGAAACGACGAGGGGGAGGUGGCGGCGGAGGAGGAGAAUGGGAACUCGUGCGUUCGAGACGCACGCGCUUCGUCGAUUGCGUCACCUGCACCGUUCCUAGCUGUUGCGCCUGCGCGCACGCCAUCGUCUUCCGCUGUCCUCACGACCCCGCUCGCGCACUCCGCCAUCAGAGUUCCGCCUCCGCCUGUCCUCGCGCCAGCUGCUGCAACAUGUUCCGCGGACUCGAGCGCGGGCAGUCACGCGGGGCGUUGUCGCGGAGGAAGUCGGAAGAGACAAACCCCGUGCGAUAACAACGCGGCCAAUGGGCGGAAGGCGGAAAGCUGUGGCGCGCACGGGGCGCCUGCGGAGAGCGACGCCACGUCAGCAUCGGGCGCGUUGGACACGCAUGCAGCACCGGGUGCAGGCUACCUCCAUCCAGCCAUGCUCGGCUCAUUCCCACCGCCCCAACCUGCACCCUACCGCCUCCCACUCCCUGGCACCACGCUCAACCAACCUGCCAUGAUGUUACAACCAACCGGCGCAGCAGGGGGGGGAGCAGGGGGGAGGCGGGCGGGGGGGAGUGCAGGAGGACAUGGGGACGUUCACGCAGGGUUCAAAAAACCCCCUCCGCUGGUGCUGGUGAGGGAUGGCAGCAGCAAGCAGCAGCGCCUGCUGCCGCCUGAUCAAGCAGCCAAGGCGUUCCCGGGUUACAGUCACGAGCCGACACCAGGCAGACGGCAGAAGCAGCAGCUGCCGGGGCAAGGGAGCGUUGCAAGCCCUCGUGGAGGAGAUGGGGCAGCAGGUGCUGCUGGUGCUUCCGCUGCAGCCAGCAGGCAGAAGCAACAGCAGCAGCUGAUGCUGCAGCAGGGCGGUGUGUCUGCGCCUGUGCGCAAGCAUGUGGGGUCUUCUAGGGAUGAAGGGAACGGCGUGGAGCAGCUGGGUGGUGGUGAUGAUGUGAUGGAGGGGACGAGUGGAGGCAGUGCGAGUGUGGAGAAUGGCGAGUCGGGAGAUGAGGGAGAGGCGGUGGUGGACCCUGUAGGGCUUCCAGAGGCAGCUGGUUGUUUGGGUUGA